UUUUUCUUUUUUAUUUUCUUUCUUUCUUUCUCUUAAUCAUUUUUUUUUUUUUUAUGAUGACUAGUAAAUUAGAAAAAAGUGAAAAAUUCGAGACUUCUACUUUGGAAAGUAAAGAUUCAGUUAUAGAAGAUCAAGUCAAAUUACGGGAAGCCCCCGAUGGGGGAAUAAGCUGGUUAUCUGUUAUUGGCUGCUUCUGUGGUCUAUUUGCUACGCAAGGUUAUGGUUACUCUUGGGGUGUUUACUUGGAUUACUAUAAUAGUAAUGUGUAUCCUGGUGAACUGACUAAUUUGACAUGGAUUGGAUCAUUAUGGUUUGGUUUAACCAAUAUCACUGGACCAUUUUAUGUAUACCUCUGUGGUAAAAUAGGAUAUCGUUGGAUGAUUGGUGUUGCUUGUAUUCUAUCUUGUUUUUCUAUGAUGAUGGCUUCUCUUACUACAGCGGUAUGGCAAUUGUACAUUACUCAAGGUGUAAUGAGUGGCAUCGCGUCCUCUCUCAUUUGGUUUCCAUGUAUUAGUGCUCCUCAACAAUGGUUCUCUUCUAAACGUGGAUUGGCAGUUGGACUAGGUAUCUCUGGAUCAGGCCUUGGAGGACUCGCUAUUUCCAAGAUUGUAGGUGCGGCUAUUGACUCUGUUGGUUAUCGCUGGUCUUUGCGUAUUUUAGGCUUCAUCCAAUUGGUCUUGAUGGGUAUUUCCUUCUUCACAGUUAGACCUUUGAAUCCACUUCCUCGAGAUGUCCCAUUCUUUGACCUGGCACCUUUUAAGAACAAGAAAUUUUGGGUCUUAUGUUGUAUUCAUUGUCUUGGCAACUUUGCAUUCUACAUUCCCUCUAGUUUCGUUCCUUCGUACGCCACCUCCCUUGGUCUUCCUUCCGACAUUUCCCGCAAUUUGUCUGCAGUCAUGUCUGGUAUCAUGGUUGUCGGUAAGAUCCUCAAUGGAUGUCUCAGUGAUUAUUUUGGUCGUGUCAAUGUGACGUUUUUAUGCAGUGUCAUGACAGGUGUGAUCUGUCUUGCUGUUUGGAUGACUGCCGAAACUGCUGCUUCCAUGUGGGCCUUUGCUGUUCUAUUUGGUAUCUUUGGUGGUGGUUAUGUAUCCAUGAUCGCAGCCGUCAUUGCUGAUUGUGUUGGUAUCGAACUCAUUGAAAGUGCUACUGGUUGGCUUUACUUUGCUUGGAUAUUUGGUGGUCUAUUUGGUCAACCUCUCUCUGCCGUCAUCAUUGAACAAGGUAAUCUAGGUUACAAAGGAGCUAUUAUCUUUGCUGGUGUCAUUUUCCUUUUCGUUGGUCUCUUGGCUGGUAUCUUACGCUUUAUGAAAAGUGGCCCCAAACUAUUUGCUAAAGUUUAAUCGCUGUUCUUCUAGUUAGUUAUCUUCUCCUAUAUUAGUUUUUUUUUUUUUUUUUUUUUU